AUGGCCACAGGGACAUCCUGCUCGACCGAGUGCAUCAAGGGCUCAAUUCACGCAGGCAAUCCCAAAGGUACUAUCGAACAACUCCAUGGCCUCUCCGUUUACAUGGUUGGAAACCGAACCACUCCACGGGCAGUCAUCUGCAUGUACUCGGACAUCUUUGGACUAGGUCUUCCCAACAACAAGAUCAUCGCCGAUGCCUAUGCCGAGUCAGGAGAGUACCUAGUGCUACUCCCUGAUUUCUUCAAGGGCGAUCCGGUUGGGUUGAAGGUUGCUGAUGCAUUGCUCCCUGUUGACGCCGCUGCCCAGAGUACCUUUGCCAAGUACACAGGUAUCCUGACGAACAUACCAUCUUUUCUCAUGUGGCAGAGGAGGCAUGGGAAGGCGGAGUCAGAUAAGAUCUGCCUCGACUUUAUGCGGGAGCUGAGACGGGCGACGCCGAGCGAACAGAAGAUCGGCAUGGUCGGAUUUUGCUGGGGAGGGAAGUAUGCUGUUCGCACGGGAUUGGAGAGCAGCAUGAUCGAGAUGGAGGGAGUGAAGAGGCCGCUUGUCGACGCGAUCGUGGCGCUGCACCCAAGUCACUUGGUCGUUCCUGACGACGUCGAGGACCUAAUGGUUCCCACGAGCUUCGGGUGGGGCGUAGAGGAUUUUGCCGUAAGCUAUGAAACGAAGAGCAAGGUGGAGGCAUGUCAUGCCAAAGCACAAAAGGAGCGCAAGGAGUUUCCGGAGAUCGAACACAAAUCGUACAAGCCCGGGAGGCAUGGGUUCGCGGUUCGAGGCAACCCAGACGACCCACAGGAGAGGAAGGCCUUGGAGGAUUCAGAGAAGCAGGUGCUCGCGUGGUUCGAGAGGUGGCUUUGA